GUGAAAGACGGAUUUCUUCCCUGGAGGAACAAGUUCGCACGUUGAAACGGAUUACGGAAGAGGUGGUCAGCGAAGCUGAAGGGUGGACGAUGGAGGCUCAGCGCCCGGGCACCAAACGAGGGAGCAUUACGAUUGGUGCUACUCCUAGCCCUCAAGUGCGAACCAGACCUAGAUGUGUACCUGCGGCUACGCCUGCGACUGCACGAAGAAGGAACGCGGAUGAUUACAAUGAUCUUGUUGCUCGACAUAUCGAGGAGGUUGAGAUUCUGAAGGAGAUGCGGAUUAAGGAGUUCAACAGAAGAAGAGAAGCCGAACAAGAGGCCGAGAGAAUCAAGGAGGAGAAAGACAGAGAAAUUAAGAAUUUGAAGGUUGCACUCAGCAGAGUGCAAGUCGCCUCAAUGGAGAAACAACGAAACUCGAGAAUGAAGGAGAAGGAAGUUAGAACAGGUGGGACAGAUUUGAGACUGCGACUUGAUGCAGCUGUUGGCGAUGGUGCUGGAUGUUCUGGCAAAGGGAAGGGCAGUACCCCAGCUGCUAUUGGGGUUGGGGUUGCCAAUGAACGGGAGAAGUUCCGGAAGGAGGUUAGGAAGGAUUUGAAGAAUCUAAAGAAAGACGCUAUCCAGAAUAUCUGUGAGAAAGAAGGGGUUACUUACACUGUUCUGGAUGAGACGAAGGAAGCAAUUGCGCAGCUACGCAUGGGGCUGGCCUGUGAUGAACCUCCACCUGGCAAGCAGAAGGAGGUAGUGAUCGAAGAAUUGACCGAAACCUUUGACAGUCACAGCGAAUACCUUGGCAAAGCGGACGGGGCAGAUGACGCUACUUCUUAGGGUCUGUCCCGAACGCGGCGCGCCUAUGGAAAACAGUAAGAUAUUGCUUCAAUAUUCGUGACUUAUCUAUUGAACGAUUGCGAUGUCGGUUUAUUAAUACCCUUCUCUGCUUGUCCGUUAUUGCGUUGACUUUGGAUGGUCAGAUACCAUGGGCUAACAAAUUCGCUACGUGUUU